UGCUUGAAACCCGCCAAAACCAGCUAACGGAUUAAGAAGUUGUCCUUUGUCUUAGUCCUUUGCAUAAUGUUCUAAAAGAUUUAUGUGCUAGUCUGUUAUUUCGUACCAAUUGUAGUCAUUAUGGCUUCAGAAGGGAACAGCAGUGCAAGUGAUAAAGUGUUUUUUGUGAUAUACGAAAAGGAGGAAAAAUCUUUCUCGACUGUGCAUCACACUGAUGUCAUUUACGAUGAUCACGUCAAGAUUAAUGAUGCUGUAACAUUUUUCUGGUGUAAGAAGAAACAUGAAGGGAUUAUUCGCUUCAUGAGCGAUACCUAUGAGGAUUGUGUAAAAGAGUCACUAAGACUUAAUUCUGAGGAAAAGAAAAAAGAACAAAAAAAAGAGGAUUUUUUUCACGCAAGUGAACCUCGAAAAGCAAAAAUAAAAUGCAGAGAGGGCUGUCGUAAAAUCACAAAUAAAAGGAAAAUUUCAAAUUCUAUACGAGAAUUACCAAAAUCUAAGAAAAAGGAAUCUGCCCGUGCAAAGGCUAAUAAUACUGUAGAUAGAGAACUCUUAAAUCUUACAAAAAAGAAAAGCUUGAUGCCAACUGCUUUAUCCAAGAAAAAGGAAAAAGACAUGAGUCAUAUGUUUCAUGAUGAGAAUGAUCAUCUAACGGAGUCUGAGGAAGGAAAUAUUGUUGAACUGAGCUCUUCUUCUGAUACAAAAACUCUUGUCAGUUCUGAUACAGAAAAUGGCAGUAAUAAAGAAAAUAAUGACAGUGUCUCUACUGAUGAAUCUUCAUGUUCAAGUAGUGAUGAGCAUACUAAGGAGGAAAAUACAAUUUCAGAGUCUAAGAAACUUCGCAGCUUGGCUGCUCAACUAGCUACUAAGUUUGAUAUUCAAACUUUGGAAAAAUUAGUUUCUCUUGGGCCAAAAGCUGCUCUCAUGCAGCAUAAUUCCAGACCUGAGAACGAACUAAUUGCUUCGAUGGGGAGUGAUGACUCCAAAAUAGCAAGAUCCGAACCACAAAGCAAACAUUCAGAAUCUACUGAAAUGUCUAAAACUGAAAAUGAGGUUGAAAUGCAUGACAUUCAAUCUCCUGAGUCAGAACCUGUUGAUAAAUCUCAACUAGGUCUUAUUAACAGCAAUUCAAAUAUUAUGCAGACUCUUAAAGCUGGUUGUGUAAACAAUACAGUUCCUAAAAUUAAAAUUUCUGGAUUGAACAAUAUGUUCAGUGAGGAUAUGUUCCUUGUCAAAGAUCCAGCUUUGGGAACUGCUUUGAAUGAGGUCAAAUCUAUAUAUUGUCUACAAGAAAAAUAUAUUCAAGCAGAAAAUGCAACGUCUGCUACAAUGGCUGGACGCAGGCUCUUAGAUGGAGUUUUUACUCCUGAAGCCCUAUCUGUAUGCUCCCUAUCAGGAAUGCCACCUAGAGGUAAAGGGAAAUUAGCAUACGCAGAUAAAUCCUUGAUUAAACCAUAUCUUUGUCCUAAGGCAGUAACCGCUAUUAUAGAUAAAGCCUUAAAAUUCCAAAAAAUUAAACAUUGGCAUCCAAAGAAAGAUUCCAGCCAAAUUAGGCAGGCCAUGGCUGUACGAAUCAACGAAGUGGCAAGUAAAUACGCCAAAGAAGAUCCAUAA